AAUGACAAAGCAAAGUGGGGGAUUGAGAAACAACUACUUGAACAUAGUAAAAAUGUAAAUACGGAAAAGCUGAGAGUCCCUGUUAUUUGUGUACUUGGACAUGUGGACACAGGGAAGAAAAAAAUUCUAGAUAAGCUCCAUCACACGCAUGUACAAGACGGUGAAGCAGGAGGUAUCACACAGCAAAUUGGUGCCACCAAUGUUCCCCUUGAAGCUAUUAAUGAGCAGACUAAGAUGAUUAAAAAUUUUGACAGAGAGAACGUACGAAUUCCAGGAAUGCUGAUUAUUGACACUCCCUGGCAUGAGUCCUUCAGUAAUCUGAGAAACAGAGGAAGCUCUCUUUGUGAUAUUGCCAUUUUAGUUGUUGAUAUUAUGCAUGGUUUGGAGCCCUAGACAAUUGAAUCUAUCAACCUUCUAAAAUCCAAAAAAUGUCCCUUUGUUGUUGCACUUAAUAAGAUUGAUAGGCUGUAUGAUUGGAAAAAAAGUCCCGACUCUGAUGUGCCUGUCACUUUAAAGAAGCAGAAAAAGAAUACAAAAGAUGAAUUUGAAGAGUGAGCAAAGGCUAUUAUAGUGGAAUUUGCACAGCAGGGUUUGAAUGAGGCUUUGUUUUAUGAGAAUAAAGAUCCCCGCGCUUUUGUGUCUUUGGUACCUACCUCUGCAUAUACUGGUGAUAGAAUGGGAAGUCUCAUCUGCCUUCUCAUUGAGCUAACUCAGACCAUGUUGAGCAAGAGACUUGCACACUGUGAAGAGCUGAGAGCUCAGGUGAUGGAGGUGAAGGCUCUCCCAGGAAUAGGCACCACUAUAAAUGUAAUAUUGAUCAAUGGGCAUUUGAAGAAAGGAGAUACAAUUAUUGUUCCUGGAGUAGAAGGGCCUAUUGUAACUCAGAUCCGAGGCCUCCUGUUACCACCCCCUAUGAAGGAGUUAAGAGUGAAGAACCAGUAUGAAAAGCAUAAAGAAGUAGAAGCAGCUCAGGGGGUAAAGAUUCUUGGAAAGGACCUGGAGAAAACAUUGGCUGGUUUACCCCUGUUGGUAGUUUACAAGGAAGAUGAAAUUCUGGUGCUUAAAGAUGAAUUGAUUCAUGAGUUAAAGCAGACACUAAAUGCUAUUAAAUUAGAAGAAAAAGGAGUCUAUGUCCAGGCAUCUACACUGGGCUCUUUGGAAGCUCCACUGGAAUUUCUAAGAACGUCAGAGGUGCCCUAUGCAGGAAUUAACAUCGGUCCAGUCCAUAAAAAGGACGUUACGAAGGCUUCAGUGAUGUUGGAACAUGAUCCUCAGUAUGCAGUGAUUUUGGCCUUUGAUGUGAGAAUUGAACCGGAUGCGCAAGAAAUGGCUGAUAGUUUAGGAGUUAGAAUUUUUAGUGCAGAAAUUAUUUAUCAUUUGUUUAAGGCCUUUACAAAAUAUAGACAAGACUACAAGAAACAGAAACAAGAAGAAUUUAAGCACAUAGCAAUAUUUCCCUGCAAGAUGAAAAUCCUUCCUCAGUAUAUUUUCAAUUCUCGAGAUCCAAUAGUGAUUGGUGUGACUGUGGAAGCAGGUCAAGUAAAACAGGGGACCCCCAUGUGCAUCCCUAGCAAAAAUUUUGUUGACAUUGGAAUAGUAACAAGUAUUGAAAUAAACAAUAAACAAGUGGAUGUUGCAAAAAAGGGACAAGAAGUCUGUGUCAAAAUAGAACCUAUCCCUGGUGAAUCUCCGAAAAUGUAUGGAAGACAUUUUGAAGCUACAGACAUUCUUGUCAGUAAGAUCAGCCGGCAGUCCAUCGACGCUCUCAAAGACAGGUUCAGAGAAGAAAUGCAGAAGAGUGACUGGCAGCUUAUUGGGGAGCUGAAGAAAGUCUUCGAAAUCAUCUAGUUUUUCCACAUGGGGCAAGAAUUAGAGUAAUGCAAGAAAAACAAGAUUAAAAAAUGGAAUGGACGUAUAUGGACACUGAUGC